ACAAGGACGCCUGGCAAACGAAGGUUCCAGCCUACAAUGGAAGUAGAUGGAGAAAAAGAAAAGGAGAUGGAAGUGUUUGCAGCCCAGAAUGACAAGGACGGUGAACUGGCUUGUGAUCUGGGGGAGACAGCAGACGGCUCUGGGAUAUCACUGCCCCUCCUGCAUGAGGAUGGACCAGAAGAAGAAUCGGAGAUGGGAGGGACUGGAAUCAACAGUACAAACCCCUUCGCACAGUGUGACUCCAAUGGCAGGGGGGCCAUACUAAUCACUCCCAGUUACUCAGGAGACACAACAGAUGUCCCCAUUGCACCUGAGGCCUCUUUGGACCUCACCAUCCCCGUCUCUGCCAGCGAGCGGGAAGAGCCUAAUGGCGGUGAGGAAGAGGAGCACGAGGAGCUGGCAGUUCUGGACCCCGAACAUCCCCUAAUGAGGAGAUUCCAGUCGGCGCUGAAGAACCAUCUAAAAAAGCAAUUAGACGGGCUGAACAUGGAGAUCCGGGAAAAGCUGGCCAUGGAGCAAGUGGAGUGCGCUCAACGAGAGGAGCUGGGCGUGGAACUGUACUCUGUGCAGCAGCAGUUGGCCCAGUUGCAGGCCGCCCUGGAGGGUCGUCACGAGGCCAACGCACAGGCAGCCAAGCAGCGUCUAUGCGCCCAGGAGCAGCUUGAGGAAAUCCGCAGCCAUUACCGUGCUGCUGUUAACAAGACUGGCCAGCAGAGGGUGCAGGUGUCUCAGCUGCAGACGGAGGUGGAGAACCUGGCCCUGCGCCUCUUCUACAUGCAGGAAGUAAGCGAGGGCGUGCGAUCUGACCUCACCACCAUGAAGAACGCCUCUCGUAAGGCCCAAGCUGAGAAGCUGCAAGCGGAGGAGGAGAAGCAGAAGCAAGACCUGUAUGUGGAGCGGCUGACCAAGCAUGUGGAGAAGCUGACCGAGCAGAUCACGCUGUAUGAAUUCCAGAUCAGCACCCAGUCCAAGGAGACCCAGGCUGCCAAGCAGGUCCUUGCAGAGGCCCAGAUGGAGAUCGACUCCCUGGAGGUGGAGCGAAAGCAGCUCGUGCAGCAGUGGAACAGCAGCCUGGUGGGCAUGCAGCGGCGAGACGAGGCCUACGCCGCCAAGCAGCGGGAGCUGAGGAUAACUCGUCACCACAUGCAGUCACUGGACACAGAGAUAGAGGGCUUCAAGAAAUCCAUUACGCAGGAGGAGGAGCGGAACGAGCUGCUGACGGCACUGCUGAGUCGCACGCAGAUGGGCCAGGCCGCCACCCGCCGACUCAUCGCCAACAGCCAUGCCCAGCAGGAGGCGCUGCAGGCCCAAUAUAGCACCUAUGCGCGCACACUGCAGGACACUGAGCAGACUCUGUCUCGCCACGAAGGGGAAUGUGCCGCACGUCAAACUGAAGCCGCUUCCCUCCGAAAGGAGGUCGAGAAGGAGUCUGCAAUUCGGCAGGAGCUGGAGGAGAAGAUCAUGGCCAAGAUGCAGGAGCAGCAGAUACAUGGCAACGCUGCCAAGUUCUCCCACGGGCUGAUUGAGAAAAUGGCCGCCCACAGGAGGGAGAAGGAGGUACAGCUGGCGCAGCUGGAGAACGAGAUGGCGCAGGUGGAGCUGGAGAGCGGCGAGACAGCACUGCGCUUGGACUUGCUGGAACGCCACCUCGGCGAGCUGCGGCAGGAGAAUGCCCGUCGGCAUGAGCUGCUGUCCCGCGGCGAGGCCGAAUUCGACAGAUGCGCUGCUGUGAUCGCCCGCAAGCAAUCAGCCAUCAACGUAUACAAUAAGAAAAUAGAGCAGAUGGUCUUCAGUACUGGGCAUGCUGACCUGGGGCCUCUGGAGAUCCGUGUCAGCACUCUGACCAAGCAGCUGGAGGAAGCAGCAGCAGGGAUCGUGGAGCAGCAGCAGUUUUGGCUUCGGCACCAGGGGGAGCUAGUGAGGCUCACUCAGGAGAAGCAGGCACAAAGCGCCGCCCUGCUGGCCCAGCAGACUCGGCUCACCAUCAUGCAGCAGAGGAAAGUGCGCACGGAGGGGGAGAUCCAGCAGGAGCAGCGGGAGCAGGCAGAGCUGGAGCGCCACAUAAAGGGGCUGAUGGCCGACACCGUGAAGCUCAACACUCUGCUCAGCAGGAACAGCCAGCUGCGCCAGGCGCUGGAGCAGGGCAAUGCGCUCAUGGAGAGCAACUUCCUGCACACGCUCAAGGAGGCUGAGAGGGAAUCUGUCCAGAUGCAAAUGAAGCUGGAGGAGGUCCAGGAGAACAAGGAGAGAUUGAUCAGCAGACUGGUAGAGGCAGAGCGGCAGGUCAUGUUGUGGGAGAAGAAGAUACAGCUGGCCAAGGAGACCCGAUUAGCCGUGGACUCCGAGGUCGGCCAGGGGGAGAUCCGGCAGAUGAAGGCUGAGAUCCACCGCAUGGAGGUGCGCUACGCCCAUCUGAUGAAGCAACAGGAGCGGCUUGUGCGCGACAUGGAGGCAGCGGUGGCCCAGCGGGAGGCGGUGGCGGUGCGAGCCGCAGUGCGGGCCAAGGCGCGCCGCGGGCAGCCCACCCAGAUUGAGUUCCAGGGCCUCCUGCAGGGUCUGCGCAGGAAGAUCCAGGACACACAAAAGCAAACGGCGGAGUGCGACGGCAUCAUUAAAAGUCUACAGGAAACCCAGACGAACCAGGGAGCCAGUUUCCGGGAGAAACAGCAGCACCUAAACCAGCUGCAGGACACCGGCGCCUCCCUGGCUGCAGACCUGCGCAGGCUGCAGGACAGCAAGGAGCAGAACCUGGCGAGGCUUGUGACACUGCAGGGCCGCGCCAAGCAGCUGCGGGCGGUGCAGGAGGGUCGCUACACCCGCCUGUCUGCCAGCGAGGAGGCACUACAGUCUGCUAUACAGCGGCAAGAGGAGCGCCUCCACACCAUCAGCACCAUCCUGCACCGCGUCCGCCAAGACCUCCCCCAGCACCAGGGGGCGCUGCACCGCCUCUCCCUGGUCUUGAGCUUCCAGCUACAGGGACCGCAGGAGUCUGCGUGAGGACCCCACCAUGGAUGACUAUCGACUGCCUGUACACUGUUCUGCAAACUGCUGUUCAUUAUAGCAACAGCAGGGUAGUAACAGCAUCACUGUGGCUAUCAGGAACUUUGAUGUCAUUUUAGAAUUAAAAAAAAUCCCCAGGGACACUGACAUAGUCAUCAUACUCAUGGAGCUCUUUAUCCAGUGACCAGAAUGCUAUAACGUUACUCCGUCUUUCCAUGUGACCUCUGCAGUUAUCUGCACUGUUUUUAGCAGUGAGUAGAUUUUCAUUUUUGGGGUGUGACGUCGUCUGCAGCACUGAGAGUAAUCAGAUGUGUAUCUCUGUAGUCGUUUGUGUACAGUGGUACUUUUACCCCAUGCACUGACAGCCGACAGACAAACACGUCUCUCUCCUGCAAACUCUUUCGCAUUUUUAUCGCUGUCAUAUUGGUUUCCAUCUUGUUUCAUGGAAAAACUCUGGACAGCAAUAAACUUAAUUUAAAGGAUUGAUUUUGCAUUGAUUUGGAUUUUUGGUUUCCUUUUUGCGUGCAGCUGAGCUCUUUGUUUUAUUUUUAUACUUAUGUAAAUGGUUGGAUGUUUUGGGACCAUAUUUGAGGGCGUUUAUGCUCCACGUGAUGAGAGUACUUGUGGUUUACUCUAUUGAUGAUAAUACUUGUUGAACUGUUUCGCAUUGCUGAGUUCUAUGUUACCCUGUCUUUCUCUAUUAAUUAUUAAAAUUCGUUAU